GGCCACACGAUCAGGCUUCCGUCGGCUCAAGUCGCCUCUCCGCUGGCCGCACACACUAUGGACGCCCCCAGGCAGGUGGUCAACUUCGGAGCCGGGCCAGCCAAACUGCCGCGCUCGGUCCUGCUAGAAAUACAGAAAGAAUUAUUAGAGUACAAAGGAACUGGAAUUAGCGUUCUUGAAAUGAGCCACAGAUCAUCAGAUUUCGCUAAGAUUAUUAACAACGCGGAGAAUCUUGUACGGGAAUUGUUAGCUGUUCCUGACAACUACAAGGUGAUCUUUGUGCAAGGAGGUGGCACUGGCCAGUUCAGUGCUGUCCCUUUGAACCUGAUGGGGCUGAAACCUGGAAGGUGUGCUGACUAUGUGGUGACGGGGGCUUGGUCCGCAAAGGCCGCAGAAGAAGCCAAGAAAUUUGGGACUGUGAACAUUGUCCACCCCAAACUUGGGAGUUACACAAAAAUCCCAGAUCCGAGCACCUGGAACCUUAGUGCAGAUGCCUCCUAUGUUUAUUACUGUGCCAACGAGACUGUGCAUGGAGUGGAGUUUAACUUUGUCCCUGACAUCAAGGGAGCGGAGCUGGUGUGUGAUAUGUCAUCCAACUUCCUCUCCAAGCCAGUGGAUGUUUCGAAGUUCGGGGUGAUUUUUGCUGGUGCCCAGAAGAACAUUGGCUCAGCGGGGGUCACAGUGGUGAUUGUCCGUGAGGACCUUCUGGGUUUUGCCCUCCGGGAAUGCCCCUCCAUCAUAGACUACAAAGUGCAAGCUGGAAACAACUCCUUAUACAACACCCCUCCCUGCUUCAGCAUCUAUGUGAUGGGCUUGGUUCUGGAGUGGAUCAAGAAUAAUGGAGGUGCAGCAGCCAUGGAGAAGCUGAGCUCUAUCAAAUCACAAAUGAUCUAUGAUAUUAUUGAUAACUCUCAAGGAUUCUAUGCAUGUCCAGUGGAGCCUCGGAAUAGAAGCAAGAUGAAUAUUCCAUUUCGUAUUGGCAGCACCAAAGGAGAUGAUGCCUUAGAAAAAAGAUUUCUUGAUAAGGCUCAGGAACUCCAUAUGAUCUCUUUGAAGGGACACAGGUCGGUGGGAGGCAUCCGGGCCUCUCUGUAUAAUGCUGUUACUCUUGAGGAUGUUGAGAAACUGGCAGCAUUCAUGAAGAAUUUUUUGGAGAUGCACCAGCUGUGAAACUAAUCCCCACCACUUUAUACUCUUUAUACUCUGCUACAUCCAUGUGCAAAAUUGAAAGCAAUGUGGGAGGCUACAAAAACCUCACCCACAUGGCUUUUCUCUCAAAUGACCAAGUUUAUUAUAGAUUUCCUCCCUUUUCAAAGAACAGCAAAAUAGCUGCAGCUCUGCAAAGCUUGUGAGACUUCAGUGCUGCCUUGAACUGGGAGAAUUUAAAAAUCUUCCUUUGGCUUUUUAACCAGUUUUUACUUAUGUUUUCUUUGCUGCUAUAUUUUCUAGUUCAAUCUCAGUAUUCAAAUCUGGGCUCCAUUAUGCAAAUUGUUAUUUGUUUCUGGAGAGGAACAGCUCAGCUCUGGGGAGCUUUAUUCUGAGGGUGCCUCUAGGUGGUGACUCUUAAUCCUCUCCCAAAUAACAUUGUUAUGUGCUUUUAGGAGUUCCAGGGUAAAGGCAAACUAGCUCUUCCUUUGAACGGUUAUUU